AUGGACCCCAACAUGCCCCCGCCUCCCAAGAUCGACCGCCUUCUCGCCCUCCUGGAACGGUACCUGACUCCCAAGGGGUCAGGCCUUCCAGGAGGGACAGCGACCCAAGCCGACGUAGACGCGGCGCAGAAAGACUCUCCCGAUAAAGGGGAGCCGGUCGGGCCUGGACCUUGGCCGACCUUUGAGGAAACUCCCUCCUCACCCGCCCGUAAGGGCUAA